CAUUCUGCCAGCCAGCAGGUCGUUGCUGAAAAUAAGAAAGGAAGUGUGCUCAGCACUGAGGCAAAAACUCCUAAACGUUUACUCUUUGGAGAGGUUCUUGGAACGACCAGUCCUCCAGCGAGGAAGGCAAGAAGAAAGUUGCUGAGCGAUCCUGAACAAUCAGCACAGGAGAUGGCAGAAAAGCAACAAAGGAAGACUCCAAGAAAAAUGCCACGAAAAGCUUCUUCAAACUGUGAAAAGUCACAAGGAAAGAGACUGUCGCAGAAAUCUCCUUGUACACCACGCACACCUGUCCGUACGCCAAAAAGGCUUAAAACGCCUUCCAAAAGUCCACUAGAAAGGAAGAGUGCUAGAAACUUGGGGAACAUCUUCUCACCAUCUAAGCAAGAACACUCUACUUUGAAAUCUCCUGAAAGAAGAAGUGAGAGAUUAGCGCAGAUGACACCUAGAAAAAGCGAUUCUCCAAAUAAGUGGCUAAGAUCUCCCUUAAAGACUCUAAACCAACAUAUUACACCGCAAAAAGGCAGAGCAGAAAGAUCACAAGAUGAGGUUUUCAAAAGCCCAGAGAAGACCCCUAACAGACAUUCAAACACUAAUACCCCUGGAAAGCAGGGACAAGCUUUUUGCACCCCAAGGAAAUCACUUCGAUUGCAAAGUUCAAAUGUAGAUACUGUUCCC